ACCAUACCCCAUAGAGUCCGCGAGCCGAGUCGAGGCACGAGCUCGCCUGGCACAGCACCAAAGACCCUCUCACUCAGCACCUUUCUGCGGCUGCGGCAUACACCCGCUGUGCGCAUCGUCUCUCCAGCCCGCACGACGCCUGGCCGCAGCUGCACCUCUCCACAUCGGCCGCGCACGUCCGUCUCGAGCCACUGCGUUCAACCGCCUUGUCUCGUAGUGCACACAGCCGCCGGUCGCCAGCAUGAACCGCGACGAGGCGCCGCCGCGCCUGCUGAGCCGCCGUCGAGGCGCAGCGCCCGUCAGCACGACGCCGCGCUCCGCCAACAUGUCGGCCACGUUCAGCGACGAGGCCGGGCCGUCUACGAGCACGAUACCCGCCGCCUGGGGCUCGGCCAGCUUCGGUGUCGCAGCACCUGCGACCUCUGCUGCUGCGGCACCCACGUUUGGCAGCCUCAAGUGGACUGCGCCGACGCCAGCUGUGCAGGCGCCCGUCGCCCCGCCGGCGUCGGCCUUUGGUGCCGGCAGCGCGCAGCCGUCAUAUGCCUUCGCCCCGCCAGCAGGUGCAGCUGCCGCAGCGCCCGCGCCGCCGGCGAUCGGCCAGGCAGGCUCUGGACUGGGCCGCUUCAUGCGUGCACGCGAGUCGCCCGCCCCAACUGCCGGCCCAUCCGGCGGCAUCACCUCGCUGUCGGGCGGGCGCAACGCCAUGGGUGCGGCAGUGGAGUUCGACGCCGAGCGCAAGCAGCGCUUCGACUCGUCCAGCGCCAAUCGGUAUCCUGAGCUGAAAGUGCAGCGCGAGGCCGCCCGGGAGCGGUAUAUCCGCCUCGGUGUGCUGCCAGACCCGUCCAAGGCGCUGGAUCUCGCUGCGGCGUCGAACCUGCGGGGCACGUGCAUGGACAUGUGCCCAGCGUUCGAGAUCGCCGAGCGCGAGCAUCAGAAUGAAGGCGAUGCGCUGGAGAUGGUCUCUGGCACGUCACGCAUCGACCCGGCCUACGCGGUCAAGAUCUAUCGACGCCCUGCUGCUGGAAGAGAGCUGCCGCUCCCAGACGACAUCCGGCCACCGGCAGUGCUGCGCCGAACACUCGACUACCUCUUCCACACCAUGCUUCCCGCAUCGCCCGACGAGCUCGAGUUUGCCAACGUGCAGGGCUUCAUCUGGAACCGCACGCGUGCGGUGCGGCAAGACUUCAUCGUGCAGGGCCAGAGCAGCCCGCUGACGAUCGAGUGCCACGAGCGCAUUGCGCGGUACCACAUCCUGUGUCUGCACUGGAAGGGCGGACGCGGCGCGGAGGAGUGGAGCGAGCAGCAGGAGCUGGAGCAGCUGCGCAAGACCGUGCGCAGUCUGACGGAGUUUUACGCCGACAUGCGGUCGUCCACCGGCCGGAGCGCGCCCAACGAGGCCGAGUUCCGGGCGUACAGUCUGAUGCUGCACCACCGCGACCCGGACACGCUGCGCGAAGUCGAGCACCUGCCCGCCAGCGUCUUCGACGCACCGAUCCUGCAAGCCGCAUUGCGUCUGCGAGGCUACGCGCAGGGUGCCGGGCCCGACAAGCCCCGAGGCGGCGCCGAGGGCUCGCCCAACCUCUGGUCGCGCUUCUUCAAGGAGGUCAGAGGCCCCAACGUGCCGUACCUCCUCGCCUGCCUCGCCGAGAACAUCUUUCCGGUGGUGCGCGCCGGCGCAACUCGUGCCAUGGAGAGCGCCUACAUGGCACAACAUGCCCCGAUGCCCGUCGAUGAGCUGCAGUCGGUGCUUGCGACCGACGAUGCCCAGGAGACGCUGGACUUCGCCAAGAGCCGCGGCUACAUUGAGGUCUCGGCUGUUGCGACCGACGGCAAGCAGAGCGUCGCCUUCAGCAUCGGGCGUGGCCAGGAGAAGCGAGCACUGACAGACGCCGACAUUGCCAAGGGCAAGGAGUCGCCGUUCAGCGAGUCGCUCGUCGAGGCGAAGCGCGGCUCGUGGACGUGCCAGGAAGUCGUCGACGGCGUGGCGUCUGGUGCAACUGCGCUCCUCAACGACGACCUCGGACAGCCGCUGCCGCCGCUCUUCCACCCGCCGCGGCAGGUCGCACGGCGCGCAUCAGCAGCCGCGCGCGAGAACGCCAGCCAGCUGCAGCAGCUGCCGCAGCAGGCUGACCCAUGGAGCGGCCCCUCCAAGUGGGCUCCGGUCGCGAGUGCCGCUGCGCCUCCUCCCUCUGCUGCCGCCCAGGCCUUCGCUGCACGAGUCGCCGCCGCAUCGGCUCCUCCGCCAGCCGUCGCGAGGCAAGCCGCCACAUCUUCGACACUGCCGACUCAGAAACCCCCUGUAACCUCCUCUGCAAGCGUUUGGGGUACGUCGAAGCCCCAGUUCGGAUCGGCAAGCGGGUCCAGUAGUGGAAGUGCGCCCGCGCCCGCCGCGAAGGCAACGACCGCUGCUGCUCGUGUUGCUGCGUCGCCGUACAAAAAGCCAACCACCUCCUCUUCCUCUUCCACUCCCUCCUUCAUCUCUUUCAAAGCAGCGUCCGCUCCGACUGCCACCAAUGGCGCAAGCAACGGCGCUACGCCCAAGCUCAAGGCGAAUCGCAAAGGACAGAAGAAGCAAGCAAAGCAGCUGAGUUAGCGCACGCCCGCCGCGAGGAGGACACGCGGACCGCUCGGGUCGAGGCAGUGGUGCAAGGCUUGCUGGACGAAGGCGUCGAGGAAGUGCUCGCUCUCAAGCUCGAGGAGGCGGCCGAGUACGCCGCCGCGGCCACGCUGCGUGGCCGUGCGCUAUUCCGCGCAACCCUGCGCGUCUGGACUGCUCGGCUGGACGAUC